GGUAUGGAAAUGUAUUCUAUUUUGUGUUAAUAUACUCUGUGGUGCGUUUAUUUAAUCAUUUAUGUCUUGUUUUUUGUGUGUUUCAUGUGAAGGUAUACAGGAAGGAAGAAUAUGUGAAAGCUAUGCAUCGAUCAGACGUAUGUGUGUACUACCUUGUAAAGUAAUUAUCAAAACAAGCUUAAUGUAGAGACAAAGUAUCAAACACAUGGCCAUCUUGACAAAGUCCCAGCGUUUGGUUGUGGGGGUUGUUGCAUUACUUGUCGUUGAUAUCAUCUGGGUAACGUCAUCAGAACUCACAAAGUACAUAUUUAAGAAUGAGGACUUCAGCAAGCCAUUUUUCAGUACCUACAUUAAAACAACUAUGUUUAUGAUUUAUCUGUUUGGAUUCAUCAUUUGGAAACCAUGGAGAGAUCAAUGCUUUCAUCGUCCUGUAUACACUGUAAGUAAAUACUUUUCUCAACUGUAUAAUGCUUUCAUCGUCCUUAUUUUGCCAUUAUUAAGCGACUCUACAUGGGUGCCGAUUAGGUUCCAUGAUGGAGGAGAUAAAGGUAGUGGGAACGAAUCUGAUGACAGUGUCGCUGCCCGAGGGCUCAAGUCUGUAAGAUUUAGUAAACUGACAGAAGUCAGACAGCUAUCAGAUGCCCAAGCUGACGAUGCCCUUCUGGCUCGGCUAUCUUAUAUGGCAUCUGUUCGGGCACAAGAAGCUGCCUUAAGAGAGGCAACCAAACUUUCUGUAAAGCAAGUUGCAAAAGUAGCUCUAUUGUUUUGUAUACCAUGGUUUCUAGGUAAUUUAUCAUAUCAAGAAGCUUUACUAGAUACAGAAGCUGGUAUUGUGAAUGUCCUUUCUUGUUCCUCAGCCCUCUUUACGCUGAUUUUAGCUGCUAUGUUUCCAUCUAAUACUGGUGAUAAGUUUUCACUCUCAAAGUUUCUUGCUGUUGUUGUAAGUAUGGGUGGUGUGGUAUUGAUUAGUGCAUCAGAUCAGCAACGAAUCAAGAACUACUUUCCACCAGGUGCCAUGUGGUCCAUUGCUGGGGCAGUGUUCUAUGCAGCUUACAUUGUGAUGCUUCGGAGGAAAGUAAAUACAGAAGAAAAAUUAGAUAUUCCUAUGUUUUUUGGGUUUGUUGGUCUCUUCAAUCUUUUAAUCAUCUGGCCAGGAUUCUUCCUUCUUCAUUACACAAAAGUAGAAAAAUUUCAGUGGCCAACUUAUCAUCAGUGGUUGUUAUUGAUAGUAAAUGGUCUUAUAGGAACUGUGCUAUCCGAGCUGUUAUGGUUGUGGGGCUGUUUUUUGACUUCAUCCCUAAUUGCCACAUUAUCAAUCUCAUUAACAAUUCCAUUAACAGUCUUGUUUGAUAUGGUUUUAAAAAAGGUAAAAUACCCAAACCUUUUUUUCUUUGGAAUGAUGCCGAUGUUUCUAUCUUUCUUUGCUGUUACCUUACUUGCACACUAUGACAACUGGGACCCAGUGACAGAGUACCUGCAUAAACUAGUCAGUUGGAUAUGUUGUAGGAAAAAACCAAAUAUAAGGUAAGUUAAGGUUGUGACUAAAUUAGAAUUCAAACGUUUGUUGCAGUUGUUGAGUGCAACUAUUAUGUUAUAUAUAUUUCCUGUGUAAUUUUGGGUCUAAUAUGUAUACUGUUAUGGAUGUAUAAAAGAUACAGCAUAUAAAACCACAGAAAAGCUUGUGGGGAAUCGUUA